UUACCAACAUGGUAGCCUUCAACAUGUUAUGGAAGUUCAGUCUGGUGGUGGCACUUGGGCUGUCUGCCACCGCCACUUCUACUGAGGUAGCCCAGGAGAAACCAAAGAAGGAAUCGUUCGUAAGCAGAUUCUUUGGUAAGAGUGAAGAGCCUGACACAAAACCUCAAGAGGUACUUGAAGCAGCAAAGACAGACAAGGGUAAAGGAGGUCUCCCCAACUACGAUGUUGAAUGGCUUCUGGAAUCCAAACCGGAAAACAGAGCUGCCUUACUUAAGGCGAUACCAAGCGAUUUAGCCACGCAUGUGCCAAAAGACUACAAAAAGCGAAUGUGGUCAGGAAUAGAAGAAUAUAUGUAUGUAUUUUUCAAAAUAUAUGCCACUGAAUGGUAUCUGCUACCUGAGCCAGAAAGUAGAGCUGCACUACGUUACGUGUUGCCAAGGGAUUUGGCAGCAAAGGUUCCAGAGGACUGUAAUGAACCAAUAAAAACCGACGUGGAGAAAGACAUUAGGAGGUUAUUCUCAGAGACUUUCCAAAAGGAGAGAUUGACGCAUGGAUGGUCGUAUCAAGGCAAUUCGUAAAUCACAAAUG